GUCAAUGCUUGUCACCUCUGUGUCUUCGUUCAAUGCUUCGCUGUUCCUCUCACUGUCCUUCUGGCGGUUGGGCUUACGGAGCUGUCCCAAGAAAGGCAUACAGCCCUCUGGAUAUUCAGCGUAGUUUGGUGGUGCCUUGGGACUGUCGCUCUCUGCACGAUGUUUACGUGCUGCAGCGACAAUGUGAGCAAUUCUGCGGGCCUCGAGGUGACAGGAGUUGGGUUUCUCGUCGCCUGCUGCAUGGCUGAGACGAAGCUGAAGGAUGCUUUGGAGUUCCGCGGUGAGCACGCGUACAGCGAACUGUUGCGAAUCACGCAAGAUGUUCCUGGAAUCAUCAUCAGUUCUGUUCACAUCCACCUGCUGGAUGUCAGCUGGUAUGCUGUUCUGAAUCUCAGCACGAGCUUCUGCACAUUAGCACUCUACCUCUACCUGCUUGUCGAGAAGUGCGUGCCACCCCCAGCCGGAAGCAAGAAAGUAGUCAUCUGCGGAGCUGUCCUGCCGUUGUGGUGUCAGGGCAUUAGUGACAUCGUGCUUCUCGAUCCCUUCAGCCCGAACGGGGCUGCAAAGUUUCGGCCCAAGAGCUUGGUCAACGCUUCAGUUGCAAAAUCCUCCGCCAUGUCCACACACGGCGAAGAGCAAUGUCUCUUGCCCGACGAGGCGUCCCUUCGCCAGAUGGCGACUGUGCAACAAUUGAGCGGUCAAAGUUCGAAUAGCUCAACGGGUGGUGAUGUAUCGCUGUUGGGGACACGCAGCUGUCGUCUGCGCAUCCUCUGCAUUUCUGGACUUUCUGCUUCAGUGGUCCUGGCUAUUGUGUUGAUGCUGCGUGGGUCCCGAUUGGCGCCCGGCAGCCAUGCGGCAGCCACCCCCGUCGGCGAAGGUCUGGUGGGUCUGUCAGCUGCACCCAAAGCAAGCAUGGAAUUCACGACCCUCGGGGACGAUCCGGUGCACUCCUCUGCUCUUCCCAAAGCAUCCACCGUCACGGGCGUGAAGAAAGAGAAGACAGAUGAUGAUCCCAAGCGCGCUGCGAUGCGCAACCUGGGAUUGAACGAACUGCGCCUCCCCACUGUGGAUGAGGAAGUCAUCGACGAGUUUCAUCCGGCAGUUUGCGCGGGCCAGUCGCUGCAGGCUGCCAUCACUUUGGCAGGCCUCAGUAUCAAGGUGGGCGCUGCCAUGCGCGAAUGCAACUCCUGGUGGUACAGGCCGCCGUAUGCUGACAUUAAGAACCCCAUCACCGGCAAGACUGAGCAAGUCGUCGAAGGUGUGCCAGCUAUCAAGAAUGGGCGUCGCCUGAAUCUCAAGGACCGCAAGGACACAAGGCAUCCAAAACAUCCACUACUGCGCAUGGAGGAGUCUUUGAGAAAGCCUUUGAGCAAGCUACCAGCAUCGCCAGGCCUGGAAAAGAUGCGGUCGCAGCUGAGGAACACGUCUAAGGUUUGGGGUGAGGUCUAUGGAGACGACUUCAGUGAGUUCAAGAAAACGCAUGAGACUGCCUACAACGUCACAGAAUGGGAUCUCUCCUUGGACAACAUGAGCUUCACAUUUGGCGAUGAGUGGACACUUGAGGGCUGGCACUACUUCUUGGCUAAUGGAGGCGUGAUUUGGGACACGCGCAAUCGCUUCGGUAACACGACGAUGUCGGGGCUGGCAGUAGUUCUUUCCAACAACGGAUCAAUCGCUUUGAUGGUGGCACCGCGCGGAGGCAUGCCAUUCGCGUCCUCCUGCCCGAAUCCCGUCCCCUUGAAGACAUGGGUGCAUGUUGCCUGCCAACGUCGGGGAUCCGAUUUGGAUUUUAUCGUGAACGGCACCCAAGUCUGUACCAUGCCGGCACCGGCCGAGCUGGACAAUCUGAAGCCACAGACUAUGGUGAGGAUCGGCCGUGCAGCAACCAACGAUACAGAUUCCAGCCUGCAUGCCCUCAUCUCGAACAUGCGGCUGACGGGCAAAGCUGUCUACCAUAAGUCGACUGCUGAACCAGAACGACAUUUGGAUCUGCACCCAAAAACCCACUUUCUUCUCCACGGAG